AUGCGGCCAGGUACCGGCUCUCUCCCGCCGGGUCGCCGCUGUCCUCCUCGCCUGCGGGGAAAGAGCCGGAAGGGGGCGGCGGUCGCCGAGGUGGGGGGCGCGGGCCGGCGGCUGUGGGACGCGGCGGACUACGCCCAGCCCCCUCAGGGAGAAAAUGUGCUUUUUCUGGUGACCAAUUUCAUCGCCACACCAAAGCAAGCCCAGGGCACCUGUCCCGAGAGCCCCUCUGUUCUCGAUGCAAUGUGCACAGAAGAUGCAGACUGUCCCAUGGGAAACCCAGUGGUUCGUGGCAAUGGGAUAAAAACUGGGAAAUGUGUGAUGUUCAAUACCACCCAUUCCACCUGUGAGAUCUAUGGCUGGUGUCCUGUGGAGAACAACACCCUGCCCGGGAAACCUCUUCUGGCUGAGGCGGAGAAUUUCACUCUUUUUAUAAAAAAUACUGUCCACUUCACCAAAUUUAACUUCUCCAAGUGCAAUACUUUGCAAACCAAUGACCCCACCUAUUUCAAGAGCUGCACAUACGAUCCGUUCUUCAACCCCUCCUGCCCUGUAUUCCGUGUCCGUGACAUGGUGGAGGCAGCUGGAGAGACCUUUGGAGACCUCGCACUCAUGGGGGGGAGCAUCGGAGUUCGCAUCGACUGGGACUGCGACUUGGAUCACCCCGCUGCCCAGUGCCAGCCACAGUACUCCUUCAGCCUGCAGGACAGGAGGUACAAUUUUAGAACUGCCUCCUACUACUGGGACUCCCAGCGACAGCUCUACCGGAACCUGCUGAAGCUCUAUGGCAUCCGCUUCGACAUCUCCGUGCAUGGCCAGGCUGGGAAGUUAAGCAUAAUCCCUGCUGCCGUGAGCUUCGGCACCGGCAUUGCAUUCUUUGGUGCCGCCACGGUGGUCUGUGACCUGGUUCUGCUCUACCUGGAUGCGAAGGCUGACUUCUAUUGGAAGGAGAAGUUUGAGGAGGCAAAACCCCCUAAAGGGCUGAUGCUCAGCGAGGACAAGCGCAGCCCUGGGCUCAGCCUGGGCAGUUUGGAGGUGCUGAACCCUGCACUCCCACCUGCCCUGGGCGGUGUCAGCUGGGUGCAGGGCAGGGGCUGGCUGGGUCCAUGCCCAUGGGGUGCUCCAGGAACCCCACAAGCCGCCAAGCUGCCCGGCUCAAAAACACAGUGUGUGGAGGCGCAGUGGGGGGUCUGA